AUGACAAUAUCCUCCGUAGUCGACUAUCUUCUGAUUCAGCACUCGAAGGAUAAGUUUCCGGACGCUGUUCUGGAUACCGGUUCUCAGUUGCUAGCACAAAAGCCGUUAAGGUUCCUUCAUCAGUGUUCGAUAGGGAAUUGCUGUAAGCAGUCAAGCCUCUCAUUGUUCUUACGAAGAAAGAAAUGGAAUGUGGAAUUGGAAGCGAAAGCACAAAUUCUGUCUGAUCAAUGUCGUGUUGGACAUGAUACAAAUGAUGAUCGUAAAAUACCGGCAUUCCAAUAUGUUGGACAGAAUUGGGCCGGUGCCAAAGAUAUAAACACGUAA